AUGAUUGCCUUCAUUCAGGAUUGCAUUCCUACCCCCAUUCCCACCCCUGUUCCCACCCCUGUUCCAAACCCCUGUUCCAAACCCCUGUUCCCACCCCUGUUCCCAACCCCUGUUCCCACCCCCGUUCCCAUCCCCGUUCCCACCCCCGUUCCCACCCCUGUUCCCACCCCUGUUCCCACCCCUGUUCCAAACCCCUGUUCCCACCCCUGUUCCCACCCCUGUUCCAAACCCCUGUUCCCACCCCCGUUUCCACCCCCGUUCCCACCCCUGUUCCCACCCCCUUUUCCACCCUGUUCCCACCCCCGUUUCCACCCUGUUCCCACCCCUGUUCCCACCCCUGUUCCCACCCUGUUCCCACCCCUGUUCCCACCCCUGUUCCCACCCCCGUUUCCACCCCCGUUCCCACCCCUGUUCCCACCCCUGUUCCCACCCCCGUUUGUUCAGGAGGGUGAAGUAUGCAACAUAGAGAACACUGGGAAUUGA